AUGAUAUCUGAUCUCCUUAUUUUGAGGUGUGUUGGGGCAUCGAAGGUGAAAUUAUUUUUCAUUUUGUUCACUGAGCCGUUGCUGAGUGCUGAGAGUUUCAUAUUUGUUAGGCUAUUAGGCUUGAAUUUUAGAAAUGCUUUCGUUUCACUGUUCCUUGAACGUAUUUCUGAUUUUCUUGAAUAUCUUAGUUUUGAGCACAUUCUAACCAUUCAAUCAUUUGGACAAUGGGCUUGGUAA